UCUGCACAGGUUCUUCAUCAGUUAUGACAGAGGAAACGCCAAACACAAACAGCCUGUUAAACUUUGAAAUAGAGUUUGAUGAUGAAGAAUUUAAGUCUGAUUUGCCAACUGUGGAAAACCCCACACUAGAAAGUAUUCUCAAUGAGACUGAAGACUACGAUUCAGUGGAAGAUGACACAUCUUCAGUUAUCUCCGCAGUCCAGGCAUUUAAGGAUUCAGGGGACACAACUUCUCUGUCCAGUUCAGACAGCAAUCGCACAGAUCGCAGUGCAAGAUCCAGACAGAAGAAGAAAAUUGAUAUAAAACAGACAGUACAUGGUUCAGUGUUGAAACCCAACCGCUUGAAAAAUAUAGCAGCUCAACUUCACAGUGCAGCUGAAAGAGUUGAUGCAGGAAUGCCAACAGCAAUGGCUGUUUCCUCAUUGAUUGCCAUUGGAACCUCACAUGGACUAGUGCUGGUGUUUGAUCCCAAACAGGUGUUGAAGUGGUGCCUAGGAAGCACCGCUGUGGGCCAGCAGUAUGGGUCCGUGUCUGCCCUCAGCUUCAACAAGGACUGCACCAGGCUUCUCUCUGGGUUUGCUAAGGGGCAGAUAACAAUGUGGGAUUUAACCAAUGGAAAACUGCUGAGGACAAUCACAGACGCCCACCCACCAGGAUCAGCUGUUCUUCAUGUCAAAUUUACAGACAGCCCAGUGUUAGCUGUGUGUAGUGACAGUGGAGGGUCGGUGUUUGAAAGCAAAUAA